AUGAGCAUCGUAUCCAAUCCACCGAUGGCUAUGGGAACCAACGAACAGCAAGUCAUACAUCCCUUCUUCCGACAAGAAUUUGGUGUCUCGGUCAAAUCUACACCCUCAAACGAGCCAAUCUCGCUCGUCAACACCCACGUACAUGAGCCUCGACCGAUAAGCAGCCAAAGCUCUACGCAUGAGCAGGGGCUACAGCCCCCAGAGAACCACGAUUCACAUCUCUCCAAAAUAAACAAUGAGAGUUCUGUGGAUGUCAACGAAGACCUGAAUGAGGACCGGAGGAAGAGGAGAAGAACGGACACAAAUCAAACGACCGAACCCACUGCUACUUCCAGUGCAGGUCUUUCAGAAUGGCUCAGCCACAGCGUGACCAACAACGAGCCUUCGUCAACCGACCAUCCUCUCGAGACCGAAAUCAAUUUGUCUACACCUCACCUCGAGGCUCCGCUGGCGGAGACCCAACUUCCUGCAGAUGAUACCCAUCCAUUGACACUUGCCGAGAACGAGAAACUAGAGGUCCUCCCCGAGAAACCAAAAAAAAAAGCGACAGGGAAGCGGGGGAGGCCGCGAAAGGCCGAGAGCAAGGUGGUCACGAUCAAGUACAGUGUUACCACAGAAAGGAACCUCGGGAAGUUGAUCGAUGAUAUCCUAAAUGGCCAAGCGGUUCAAAAACCCCCCGCCACUACCCCCUCUGUUCAGCCGCGCAAGACGAAAAGCCAACCGCGAAAGCCCACACACCCGUUUUUCAGCAAGAAGUCAGCACAGAAACCCGGGCCCGCGAGUUUGAAUGGAUCUCAAUCGGACAAUCCAGAUACCAGCGCGAGCGUGCCUUCAAGCCAAACCACAGCUGGGGCCCCGGACAAGAAGCGCAUAGUUCCAGCUUCGGGCAGUUCGUUUACUAGCUUCCCCCGUCGUGUCUCUAAGUUUCCCGAACUGCUUGAUCCCCUUUGGCCACCGCAAGAUCUCGUACAUAUCAGAGACGUUCACCCACCCCUAGAUGUCAAUGAUCGUGUCUGGCAUACAACCCAGGACCGAAAAAAAUCGAAGAUUGCAGCUAUCUCAAUUAGAGACGAAGAAAACGUCCUUCUAGCUGGGACAGCUGAAGCAAGGAGGAUCGCGUGCCUUUCCAAACAGGACUGCGAUGCCCUAGCUAUUCUUCGGCAUCCCGUGCGACAUGUUGCCAGCAGUCAAGUAUUGCAUACGGCAAUGGAAAGACAGAUGUCGUGGUCCUCACCCAACCGCCAAUUUCCUUGGAAUUCCUCUAGUCCGCCCCUUGCCAGACUUCGAUCGGGACUUCUCACCUCAGUUUCAGCUUUCGAUUGUGCAACCUACGAACCGCAGCUUUGGACACACAAGUACGCCCCUCAGUCGGCUGAACACGUCCUUCAGCUUGGACGCGAACCACAGAUGCUUCGAGACUGGCUACGGCACCUUAAGAUCACAGCGGUGGACACCGGAAAAUCAUCGAAGGAGAAUGCGAAACUGAAAUCAAAGCGGGAGAAAAAGGCGAAGAAGCGCCAGAAAGCCGACAAACUCGAUGGUUUCGUUGUGUCAAGCGAAGAGGAGGCCUCUGAGAUGGACAAUCUCUCUGGCUCAGAUGAUGAGUUAGCGGGCGGCGUGACCACAACACCUCAACGGACAGUCGUCAGGUCGGGUGACAUAGCACCUGGUUUACAUGGAGUAGAAAGAAAGACUCCAAUGACCAAUGCGAUUCUUCUUAGCGGCCCGGCUGGCUCCGGCAAAACCGCUUCUGUCUAUGCCGUUGCAAAAGAGCUUGAUUUCGAAGUCUUCGAGAUAAAUGCUGGAAGCCGACGAAGUGCCCGAGAUAUGCUGGAGCGAGUCGGAGAUAUGACGCAAAAUCAUCUUGUUCAUCUUCUCAACGAAUCUGAGAAUGCAACAGACGACGACAAGGAAUCUGCCAAGCAAAACAAGCUGAAGAGCUUUUUCAAAGGUUCAUCCUUAAAAGCUAGAAAGCCGGUCUCCCAGUCUGGCGAACCUAGCCUUCAACCCGAAACUGCGCCCAAACGCCCCCGGGAGCAAAAACAGUCUUUGAUCCUGCUCGAAGAAGCCGAUAUCCUUUUUGAUGAAGAUCGACAAUUCUGGACUGGCGUCUUGACUCUCAUCAGCCAAUCUAAACGACCGAUCAUCAUCACCUGCAACGAUGAAAGUUUAGUCCCUACCCAGGAUAUGUCUCUUCAUGCCAUACUACGAUACCACAAGCCUGCUCCCGAUUUCAGCAUCGAUUACUUGCUUUUGGUUGCCGCCAACGAGGGGCAUAUGUUAAAAAGAGAAGCCGUGACCAGACUUUAUCAAGGAUCUGGAAUGGAUCUUCGGAAGUCAUUGAUGGAUCUGAACUUUUGGUGUCAGAUGGGUGUUGGUAGCGAGAAAGCGGGCUUGGACUGGCUGCUUCCUAGUUGGCCACCUGGGUCAAACGUGGAUCAUGAUGGGAACCGACUUCGAGUUCUGAGCCUCAACACCUACGAGCGAUAUAUGGGCUGGUUCAAUCGUGAUAUGAUUGUGACCCAGGGCUCGUUGAAUGAAGAGACGGAAAUCAUCUGCAACAGCUUUCAAUCAUGGGGUCUCGGCCUGCAAGAUUCCGAAGACAUGGCUGGGAAGAAUGAAGUUGAACUUCUGUCCCCCGAUCAACUUCAAUCUGUUCCCAAGACAGCGCAACUUGACAUGCUGUGCCGGGAAGCGGAUUACUAUGACAUGAGAAGCUCUCUUGAUAUCCUUUGCUCCAAUAUUUCGAUGGACGCGAGCAAUGAUGCUAUUGAUAUAUCCGCCCCACCGCCGCCAGAAGGCUAUAAAUCCAACUAUCUUGACAAUUACCCACUGCUGCACACAGAGCUGCGAACAGAGUAUUCAUCACUCAGUGAAGCUGUCGGCGCUACCUUCGAUGCGUUGAUAAGCAGAACUUUCCGUUCCGCAACCGCUGAAGAUUUGGAAUCUUUAUACGCGAACCGAGCCCUGAGCAAAACCAUCGUCUCUGCAAUGCCCCCGCAAACCCCUCCAUCUACUCUCCCUCAAUUCCAGCGCAUCUUUGAACCCAUCAUGCGUGCCAACUACUCAAACCCCACACCAACCGCCCGCCAUGCCCCCUCGUUCGAGAAUGGAAUCGCACCGAUCACGGAAGACUUGGCUCCGUACAUCCGCGCCAUCAUGGUCUUCGAUGGUCGUCUCCAGCAAUACCGCGAGAGGUUGUUUGCGCUUACGGCGCAGGAGCACGGGCUUGGCGAUAAGCGUUCGCGCACGACACGUGCUAGUCGUGCGGCCCUCGAAGGAGGCGACAAAGCCUCAACGCGCAAGGAGAGGUGGUUCGCUCUAGAUACGCCUUACUACAAAGUGCAAGGCACCGCAGGGCCAGAGUGGCAGCAUGUCUUGUUCCAGACGGGGUAUUUCCAUGUGCAACCGAUGGUUGAGGCAUCCCCCGAGCGCAGUGACCAUGUCUUGGAUGACCAGGUCAUGGAGAAUGCCGAGUGA